CAUAUGAGAAAAUGAAAUAAAAACGUAAAAAAUAUAUUUUCAAUUAAAGAGAACGCACAUUUAAAAGCUUUUUUUUUAGGGCAUUUAAAAGAAGUUUUUAUGAAAAAAGAAGGUGGUAAUCUAUGGCUCCGCUGCAACCACCUUACCACUCUCUCUCUCACUACUCUCGCAUCAUAUCCAUCACUCGCUCCAAUCCACAUUCCCCCUUUCCGUACACAAAUCAAAAUCACCACCAAUUCCGCCGCCGCGAUGGCAAUCGUCUCCGCGCUGCUGAAUUUCCUGUAUCCGCCGCCGCCGAGCGUGGUGAUAACGGCGAUGUCGGCGAUCGGCUUGCUGUCGCUGAGCAGCGCAGGGUGGAUGGAGGUGAAGGGGAAGAAUAUGCAAUACUCGAAGCUGCUGCGCGUGGACGACGCGUCCAAGGCGAAGCACAGAGUUUCCAGCAAGGUAGGGAUGAUCGCCGCCUAUACUCCGGCGUUUUUGGCCGGAAUUUUCUCUCUCUUCGCCUUCCCCCUCGGAGAUCUGAGGUUCACGUUGCUUCGCUCCGCUAUCACCACGCAUUUCUUCAAGCGGCUUGUUGAGGUGUUGUUCGUUCACAAAUAUAGCGGCUUCAUGGAAACCGAAACCAUGGUCUCAAUUUCCAUGAGCUACUUCCUCUCCUCAUCAACCAUGAUUUAUACUCAACAACAAAUGCUACAACUCCAAGAGCCACCCAUUGAUCUCAAAUACAUUGGGAUCCCAUUAUUUUUAGUGGGAAUUGGUGGGAAUUUCUACCACCAUUUUCUCCUAUCCAAAUUGAGGAAUAAAGGUGAGAAACAAUACAAAAUCCCACAAGGAGGCCUCUUCUCACUAGUGAUAUGCCCCCACUAUUUAUUUGAGAUUAUUGGAUUUUGGGGAAUUUCUUGCAUUUCCCAAACUAUUUAUUCGGUUUCGGUUAGUUUGGGCACAACUUUUUAUUUGAUAGGUAGGAGUUAUGCCACUAGAAGAUGGUAUCUCAACAAAUUUGAGGAUUUUCCUCAAAAUGUGAAGGCCUUGAUUCCUUUUGUAUUUUGAGGGACUAUUAUGUUUUAUUCAAGGGCAUUAGAUGUGGCCCUAUUUCCUUAUUCUUUUAUUUUAGGAGUAUAAUUUGUAUGAGAUUUGUAUCUUGUUUAAUGAUAAUCUAUUACAUA